UUGUAAAAAGAAGAUAAGUAUCAUGACUCACAGUAUCUUGUCAUCGGAUAAAUUCAACAGCUGUGGGCGCUCUGUUAGCGAGGAGAAAUUGAUGGUGGCUGUUCGAGUACGACCGCUACGCGGCGAUGAAGGUCCCCGCAUCGUCCACGUGGUCAGCGAUAAGAUGUUAGUCUUAGAAGAGGAAGCAGAUGUGCGUCGAGACGUACUGCGCCAGCGUCGUGUCAACGAUAAACAUUACGUUUACGAUCGUGUUUUCAGCGAGGAGAGCACUCAAGAAGAAAUUUACGAAGUUAUUUGCGCACCUCUUGUUGGUGACACCCUUCAAGGAAUAGCUGGUGCGAUCUUUGCCUAUGGGGCGACGGGAGCUGGGAAAACACACACAAUGAGUGGUCUCAUGUCCAGAGCUCUUAAUCACCUCUUUACUUCAAUUUCUGAAAGCGAUGACCCAGAUUCCUAUGAGGUAAAACUUUCCUACAUUGAAAUAUAUAACGAAAACAUACGUGAUUUACUAAACCCUAGUGCUGGACCUUUAGAGCUGAGGGACGAGGGCGGGAGUGGUCCUCCUGUUGUUGCUGGGUUAAGUGAGAUUCGUGCUCUUGAUGCACCUCAUGUGGCAGAACUCUUAGCCAGAGGCGAUCGUGCAAGAACUGCAGAACCAACUUACGCAAAUCAACAUUCUUCAAGAGGACACGCACUCCUGAGUGUGUCGGUGAGCAAGAAUGUUUCGAAUGGCAUCCAACGUGGACGGUUGUUCCUCAUUGAUCUUGCGGGCUCUGAGCGUGCGGGGGCUCGCGCGCGACGUCUCGAAGGGGCUCACAUAAACCGUUCACUACUCGCACUUGCCAAUUGUAUCAUGGCACUUUCUGGUGGUGCGAGGUACGUGAACUACCGCGACUCGAAGCUGACGCGGCUGCUGCGCGAGGUGCUGGGCGGGCGCUGCCGCACGGCCAUGGUGGCGCACGUGUCGCCCGCUGCCGCGCACCGUGACACCACGCGCUCCACGCUGCACUACGCGCAGCGCGCCUCCGCCAUCACCAACAAGGUUGAACGUGAAGUUAUUGAAACGCCAAUGCAUUUGUCUCAAUAUCGUAGUGUUAUUAAUGAGCUGAGAGAAGAAAUCGCAAGACUUAAAACUAAAAUGAAAGACGAUCGUUCAAAGUGAGUUAAUAGGAAUAGAGAUGAACAACAGAAAAUCGAGGCAGUAUUAUCUAAAGAAGAAUCUGAAGAGAAAUCGGCUCAUUUAAAAUCUCUCCGAGAGUCGAUCGUCGCGACAUUCAAGCAGCAGAUGAGGUUAAGAAGACGAUUAAUGGAGUUAGACAGUCACUUGUUGGGACUAGCUCUGGAUGCGGAGAGACAGCACGCUGCCAUCUCGCACUGGGAGGCUCGCUUUAACAGACUCUACAAGCCGAUUAGCUUCAAUGGCUCAAGACUUAGUACACAGCAAAGUUAUAGAGGCGGCACGGGCACCAGCACCGCAAGCGGCGGCAGCGAGCGCGCCGAGGCAGAGGUGGCGGUGGAGCAGGCGUGGGCCGAGCUGGCGGCCGUGGAGCGCGAGCAGGAGAGCGCGCGCGCCGAGCGCCUGCGCGUCGAGCGCCAGCUCGAGCAGGUGCGCCUGCGCGGCGCGCAGCUCGAGCAGGAGCUGCCGGCGCACAUCGAGAGUGGGCCGGAGCGCGAGGUGCUGUCGCUGGUGUGCCGCGUGCACGAACUGGAGGCCGACAAGCUGGCGCUGCAGGGCGAGCGGGCGGCGCGCGCGCACGAGCUGCGGCGCCGCGACCUGGCGCUGCAGCGCCGCGACGCGCAGCGCCGCCUCACCGACGAGAUCAUCACGCGCCAGCGCCGCGCGCUCGAAGAAUAUGGCAUCGGAGUUCAACCAGAUUUAGCUCAACUUUACGAAUUAUAUCAACAAGAAAUCCACGCUUCUACAUACACUGACGGUAGCAGCGAUUAUUACACUCCAUAUCGUCUUCCGCCCAUAUCAACGAGCAUGUCGGAGCUGACGUGGUCGGAGAGCUCGAGCGGCUCGGGGCGCGGCUCCAGCUCGGGCUCGGGCGAGCGCCGCCUGCCGCAGCUGGCGCCCACGCCGCGCCCGCGCACGCGCUACAGUCAAGCAAGUGCUACCACGCUUAAGCGAUAUUCAAGCGAUGACAGUUUGGUGAUCGCGGCCCCGCGCUCGAAUGAUCGCACUGCACCUUGAGCUGCUCUCAUACAAUUUGUGCGGCUCUUUCUCAUUUCAAAGGUAUUGCUAGACUAGCGUAAGGUAUACUAGCGACGCUAUUAUACCUUGUUAGUAGGAUUAAAAUUGGGUACCAGGAGCAGGAAGUCGUUACCCCAGUUCUAGAUUCAAUUAAGAAUCGGUUAGAAAAUUUACAUUGUUUUUAAAUAAUUGCUUGUAUGAAAACUAUUAGUGGAGUAGCAGUGUGUUGAUUUUUGACAGUUUUAAGAGUUUAUGGCCGUACUUUAUUUAGUAAUCGAUUUAAAUACGAUUGUUUUUUCAAAGAUUUGUACUAUAAAAGUAGAAAAAGAGUGAGAAAGUGUUGUUGAUAAUUUUGUACGUUAGCGAGUACCAAAUUAUUGUUUUUCAAUUAUUUACCUAAUGUUUGCAGUUUUGUUAAUAAAAGAGUAAUAAGU